AUGGCACAGACUCUGGGUAGCGUCCAGAAUUACUCUGCUCUCCCUCAACCGUCGUCGGCCAUGAAACGCACCAGUUCUAUCGGCGCCUUAAACCCUCCGUACACUGGGCAGCACACGCGCAUGUCGCUGAUGAACUCUGCCACUCGCCCACAGCAACCUAACUUCAAGCGCUCUUCGUCCGGAGGAUUUGGCGCUGAUGCCGGUCUCUCGUCCGUCAGACGUUCGGUCUCAAGCAAUAUCUUCCAAGGAGCCAGCGCCGGCCGUCAGAGCUACGCCCCGGCCCCCAUGUCUUCCAAUCCAUCAUCGCAAAGCCUUCAGCGAAGGAGCAGCGUCUUCUCGCGACCGUCUGUCGGAGGCGCAAUGGGCUCCCAGUCCUUUUUCACCCAAGUCCCCUCUGCCGCCGGUGUCCCCCGAGAUCCGCGACCUCUCAGGGACAGAUCGUUCCAGGCUCGGAUUGGGCAGGAGCUGCUGGAAUAUUUGACCCAUAACAACUUUGAGCUGGAAAUGAAGCAUUCCCUAGGCCAAAACACCCUCCGGUCCCCCACUCAGAAGGAUUUCAACUAUAUCUUCCAAUGGCUGUAUCAUCGCAUUGAUCCCGGGUACCGGUUCCAGAAAAGCAUGGAUUCUGAGGUCCCACCUAUCCUCAAGCAGCUGCGCUACCCCUACGAAAAAGGCAUCACGAAGUCCCAGAUUGCGGCUGUGGGAGGUCAGAAUUGGCCUACCUUCCUCGGUAUGCUGCAUUGGUUGAUGCAGGUAGCACAGAUGAUGCAGAGGUUUGAUUCUGGGGAGUACGAUGAGGCAUGUGCAGAGAUGGGAGUGGAUGUCUCUGGGGACCGUAUUAUUUUCCGUUUUCUCACGGGCGCUUACACCGAUUGGUUGCAAGGUGGGGAAGACGAAGAUGACGAGACAGCCGAAAAACGCCUUGAGCCUCACGUCGAGAUUAUGGCGCAGGAGUUUGAAAGGGGUAAUGAGAAGUACGUGCAGGAGAUGCAGGUCCUCGAGGCCGAAAAUCGGGCCCUGCGUGAUCAGAUCGAGGAGAUGGAAAAGAACGCACCUGAUAUGGCUAAACUCGACAAGCAUUUUCGGAUCUUGGAGGACGACAAGCGAAAGUUUGAGGAUUACAACCAGAACGUUCAGGGCAAGAUUGAGAAAUACGAGACUCGCAUCAAGUUUCUGGAUGACGAGCUCAAGAAGACCGAGACGGAACUACUUGCGGCCGAGGAGGAACGAUCAGGCCUCCAAGCGAGUGUUGACAGACAGGGAAUCACCAUCCAGGACAUUGAUCGCAUGAAUACCGAGCGCGAGCGAUUGCAGAAGAGUCUUGACGACACGGUCAGCCGUCUUGAAGAAACACACACGCGCGUCAUGGCGAAGGAGGGAGAUGCGAGCAAGAAGCUUGAGGACCUGGAGGAGAUUGUCAAGGCUUACAACACGCUGGGCUACCAGACCAGUCUGAUUCCCGUGUCCGCGGUCAAUGCCAAAGGACAGGACUACGAACUCAGUCUCAAUGUCAACGAAAGUAACUUCUCUACGUCGCAGAUCGGCGGGGCGCCCAACCGGAUCUCGCCCGAGGAAGACAGACUCCUUGCAGAACCAUUCACUGGGUAUCACCCGGCACACCUCCUCAACUUGGAUCUACGGGGCUCGGUCCGCAGCAGCCUCCAGGUGCUCAGAAAGGAGAUCAACGAGCGACGCAAGAACGCCAUUGACGCCGACCUAGACCGACGCAACCUCUUAGACAACAUCAAGGAGGCCAUGGAUGAAAAGCGAAGCGAGGUCGAGGCCUUGGAGCAUAAGCGACGCGCAGCUGAAGAGGAAUUCGAGCGCACCAAGGAAAUCACCACCACACAGAAGCUAGCCUCGGACGCCCAGAUCGAGAAAAUGGAGAAGGAACUGGCCAAAAUGCGGGCUACGCUAAGCGAGAGCGUCCAAUUGAUGGAGCAGCGCGAGAUGAACACCAACAUCGAAUAUGAACAGCUCACUCUACGAGCCAACGCAUUGCGGGAGGAGCUACAUACGAACGUGGAAAGCAUGCUGAACGACGUGAUUCGAUUCAAGGUUCAUGUUCAAAAAGGUCUCGAGGAUUACGAAAGUUUCGUGGUGGACGAAGUCGAGCAGGAGCUUGGUGGAGACAUGCCAAUGGACGACGAUGAUCGGUUCAUUGAGGAGCAGUGA